CUCCGUCAUCGUUCUCGUUUGGUCGAAGUCGAUCGAACGCUCACACGGUUGCGGCUGCCCCUUCUGGAGUUCUGCUUCGCCUUUAGCGAAUUCCCCUAUCGCUUCUGGCUCGCAUAGACGCGUCGCCGGCAAACAUGCUAAUCACUCCAACGCUCGCAGCACCGGCGGCGUCUCACGCCUCCUCAUUCCGCACCGCCGCAAGCCUCAGCUGCCGCAGCCUCGGGAGCCUCGUCCAACCGACCGCCACGACCCGCUACUACCGCGGCCGUUGCCGCCCGUUGCUCUACUCUGCGUCUGCCGGCGCUGCUUCUAUUCCCGCUGGUAUCACGAGUAACAUCCCAUCCGGAGACACCGGGUGCCGGCUCGAGCGCGACGAGCUCGCGAGGUUGUGCCAAGAACCCGACCCCGAGGGCGCACUUAACCUGCUCGACGAAAUGCUCCACCGAAGAGGCGCCGUCGGCGGCGUGUCGGGCCAACUCGCGCCGGAAGAGCAGGUAACGGUUCUCCAGUGCUGCGCGGACGCGCGCUCGCUGUCCUCUCUCAGACGAGCCCACCGCCUGCUCUCCAGUCCCAGGUCCCGGUCCGCGAUCACCACGCCCAUCCUGCACAGGAUCGCCACGCUGUACUGCAAGCUCGGCGCCCCCGGCGACGCGCGGCGUGUCCUCAACGAAGCGUCGAGGCCGCCGCCACGGAGGAAGGCGAACGAGGCGCGGACGAAGCGGCAGGAGGCGUACGAGAAGGUGCGCGAGCUGCACGAGGAGAUACGUGCGGCGGGGUACGUGCCGGACACCCGUUUUGUGCUGCACGACAUUGACGAGGACGCCAAGGUGCAGGCGCUCAUGUACCACAGCGAGCGCCUGGCCAUCGCGUUCGGCCUGGUGAGCACGCCGCCCGGCACGCCGCUGCGGGUCAUGAAGAAUCUCCGCAUCUGCGGGGACUGCCACAACGCCGUCAAGCUCAUGGCGAAGGUGACCGGACGCGAGAUCAUCGUCAGGGACAACAAGCGGUUCCACCAUUUCAAGGACGGCUCCUGCUCCUGCGGGGAUUACUGGUGAGGUGUCUCCACCACACCUGCCAUUGAUAUCUGUUCCUUUCUGUAGUCCAGUGUCUUGACCAAGCCUGUAGAUUGUGGCAAUGGCUUUUGUAACUGUAAGUGAUGAGGAAACGAUGAAGCACUUUGUUUAACCAAUGUGUGACUUGUGGCCAGCAA